GCGCUCGGCGGAAUUUAUAAAUGCUGAGUGGCGAGCUCUCUCUGCCAGGACUGGAGCCUUUCUCUGCCAGCAGUGCGAGACAGUUGACAAAAGACAAUAGUAGUCUGUCGUCCGUCCAAUACUAGAGCGAUGAACUACCUAGCGAGCCUUGUUUUCUAUCUCUCGCUACUGCUACUAGCGACAUUUGUGACUCCUGCACCUCUCUAUGAUGAGCUAACUCGGGUGUCAGUACUGCCGACUAGAACUAACGGACAAGGAGACCACCUUUCCUUUGAUCUCAUGCCGCCUGAAGGAGACGGCCAGCUGAGACACUAUUUCAGAAUCGAUGCUCUUGGAAAGACAUUCAGACUCAACGUGUCGGAGAAUGGUGGUAGUUUCUUGACUCCAGAGCACGUGGUGGAGUACCACCACAGUCAGCACGGAGUGACGAGAGGGACCAGGAGUGACUGUCGACAUUUCACUGGUGUUGUACGUGAGGAGACUGAAGACGGAGUUGUGAUAGAUGGACAAGGCUGGGCAGCCAUCAGCUACUGCAGUGGACUGCGUGGAGUAAUAGCUUCGGAAACUAGUGGAUAUCUCUACAUUGAGCCGGAGAGAGGAGGGGCUAAUGAACAUCGUGACGCUCGGCCUCUCCCUCAUCUUCUCCAUAACUCUCCCCGCCUACCCCCUGGAAGGACCUGCUCUUAUGAAAAGGUGGGUUCGUCGCAACACAUGGAAGAUUACCUGAAAGAUGAGUUCAGAGUUCGGCGAUCACAAGACUCCGCCUUCUUGAGCUCGGAGCACUGGGUGGAGGUUGCCAUGGUAGCGGACCACACAAUGCUGGAAUACCACGGUCUACGAGAGCUGGAGGCAUAUCUCUUUACCCUCAUGAAUAUGGUGGCUCAUCUAUACAGAGACCCCACCAUCGGCCAUGCUAUGAACAUCGUUGUAGUCAGAACAGUCAUUCUGGAGAGCCAACAGAGUGAUCUCUCAAUAUCGACUGAUGCUCUCACCUCGUUGGCUAGUUUCUGUAGCUGGCAAUCCUCCCACCUUCCCUCCCCCUCCUCCAGCUCUCCCGGCCAGCCUGACGUGUCAAUACUAGUCACCAGAGCCAACAUCUGCGAGGGAUUCGGAGUUGCUUGCGGCACACUUGGUAUUGCAGAGUUCAAAGGUGCCUGCUCCUCUGAGAAGGGCUGCAGUAUCAGUGAAGAUAUUGGGCUGGCCACUGCCUUCACCAUUGCCCAUGAACUGGGACACAGUCUUGGUAUCCGUCAUGAUGGUGACAUGUCGGUGGUCUGUGAACCAGACAAUCGGUUCAUCAUGGCUCCAACCUUUGCCCAGUCUCGCAACCCUCACAUCUGGUCUCACUGCAGCCGGCAACAACUGGCCGAGUUCCUCCUGUCCCCAGAGAGUUCUUGUUUGAGCAACCCGCCAGUGAUGACAGGAGGAAAUUCCUCAAAUUCCUCGUCGCCCCUUUCAUCAUCGGGCGGAGUCCCUCUUCCCGGGCUGGAGACCACACCCACUGAGCAAUGUCAGCUGAUGCUGGGUGACUCCGCCUCUCAUUGUGGACUUAACACUUCCUCUGAGUACUGCAGUCGUCUGUGGUGUCGGGAGGACGACCAAUCAGAUUGCGUUCACCACCACAUCCCUCCGGCCUCGGGGACCAGCUGUGUCCUCAGCAGCAGUGGGAGAGAGGGCGUGUGCUACCAGGGGGCCUGCGUGGAGCUAGCCUCGCUGGCACAGCCGGUGGAUGGGGGGUGGGGGGAGUGGGGGGAGUGGGAGCCUUGCUCUCUCUCCUGCGGGACCGGCAUCCAGGGCAGCUCUCGAGUCUGCGACUCUCCUCUUCCGGCUAAUGGUGGACGGUACUGUCUUGGAGCCAGCCAUCGUCAUCAGACCUGUAACUCCACCCCCUGCCCCGCCCACAGUGACAUCAGACAGGAGCUGUGUGACUCUGAGCCUCCGCACUCCACAUACACCCAGUGGAAGGCCCCCAGCCUUGAGGAAAUUCAGAGGAGAACGUUGGACCAAUGCAGCCACCAUUGUCUCUCUAUACCAAACAACAUUUUAUUCUCUCUCGCUCUGGACCUUCCAGACGGUACCCCCUGCCUCUUCACCGCCCAGCCCUCCCCAUCUCUCUCUCUCAACACUGCCCCCGUCCCGGAGAGUCUGGGGAUCUGCAUCAGUGGGGAGUGCAUCCCUGUCGACUGCAGCAAUUCCCUCCACGGUAUGGCUUCUCGGGACGUCUGUGGGGUGUGGUGUGGGAACGGGAGUACCUGCGUACCGGUAUCAGACACCUACACCAUCCCCGAACUCACCAGCAGUAGAGGAACCACCACCAGUGGCUACACCUACUACAGAGCUGUGACCAUCCCACAAGGCUCCGGGCAAGUCAAAAUCUCAGAGAUUCACCAAACGGACAACCUCUACCUCGCGGCCACCACAGCACGAGAGAAUUUCAACGGGAACUACAGGGUAAAGGAAGGAGAUCUCGACAGCUACUGGUUCGCUGGGGCAAAAUGGUGGUACGAGAGACCAGAUGCUGACAUCGAAUGUCUGCGCACUACGGGAGUGGUGAAGGAAGACGUGACUAUUUUCAUCAUCGCAAACUCGAGGAAUCUCAGUAUACAGUACUCUGCCGGGGUGCCCCUGGGUAACGCGUCGAUAUUUGAAGUGGGUCACGAGUGGAGAAAGGGAGAGUGGGGAAGGUGUGAGGGUGUUUGUGGGGAGGGGGUGAGGAGGAGGAGGGUGGAGUGUGCUGUGAGCAACACGGGUAUCGUCGUUAGAGACGACCUCUGUGACCUCUCGACAAAACCUCUAGUGGAAGAGCUCUGCUUCACAAACGAAGGAUGUGAAUACGAAUGGAGAGUGAGCCCCUGGAGUGAUUGCAAUACUACGUGCGGUGUCGGGGAAAAGACUCGUACCGUUCACUGCACUCUAACAAGCAACCAAACGAUCGUACAAGACAGAUACUGUGACGAUGGAAAUGCUCCACAACUGAAAAUGGAUUGUGGGUCAGAUGUAAACUGUGUCUACCAGUGGGAGGCGGGGGAGUGGGGGGAAUGCAGCUCUACAUGCGGCGAGGGAGAGAGGGAGAGAGACGUCUCCUGCGUUCUGGUCAACACGCACACUGCGGUGAGCCCGGAGCGUUGUGUAGAAACACCCAGACCUCGCAGUUCACGCCACUGCUACUCUGAGAGUGGGUGUGUGUUCACCUGGGAGAUGGGGGAGUGGGGAGACUGUUCGUCUCAGUGUGGUGAGGGACAGAGAGGAAGACGUGUGUCUUGCAUCCUGGCCAGCAAUGGGAGCAUCGUUUCUGCCACUCACUGCCAGGGAAACUCCACUGUACUUCCAGCUCCCCACACUUCCUGUUAUUCGGAGGACGGAUGCAGUUUCGAAUGGGUCACUGGAGACUGGGGCGAGUGUUCUGCAGAGUGUGGAGUUGGCAGCAGGUCUAGAGUCAUCUCCUGUGUCCUCACAAACAAUGGGACUACGGUGGAGGAGGUUAGAUGUGACCCAGGGACGAGGCCACGCCCCCACAGUGACUGCUAUAGGGAGAGUGGGUGUGUGUUUGUCUGGAGGACCUCGUCAUGGGGUGAAUGUGGCUCAGACUGUGGCUGGGGAGAGAGGAGGAGAGACACGCUCUGUCUUCUCACCAACAAUGACACCGCAGUCGACGAUGCUUUCUGUCCCCAGUCCAGGCCAGAGACACGGUCCCCAUGCCAUUCCGACGAGGGGUGUGUCUACUCCUGGUGGCAUGGGAACUGGACCUCGUGCAGUUCGGAAUGCGGACACGGAACCCGAUCCAGAGAAGUCAUGUGCUACUUGAUAAACAACAACACACGAGUUGACCGAACCCACUGCUUGAGAGAUUCCCAACCUGCCGACACUUCUGGUUGCCAUGACGACAGUGGGUGUGUCUACACCUGGGCCUCUGAGCCGUGGACCAACUGCAGCAAUACUUGUGGACACGGGACGUCAACUCGAGGUGUGUCUUGCCUCCUCCUCCUCCUCAACAACGAGACGACAGUGAGCGAUGAACUCUGUGCGCCAGACUCCCGACCCAGAGCUGAGCGGACUUGUUACUCAGAGAGAGAGUGUCUGUUUGUGUGGCAGAGGAGCGAGUGGAGUGACUGCAGUGCCGUGUGUGGAGGAGGACAUAGAGAGAGACUCGUUUCUUGUCUUCUCGCUAACAAUGAAUCCACGGUCGACGUGGCGUUCUGCAGCGAGCAUGCCGGGGUUGAACCGGCGAGUGUGUCUGUCUGUUCUGAGGAGGAGUGUAGGUUUGAGUGGACAGUGGGAGACUGGGGAGUAUGUGAGGACGAUGAAGACUCUGCAAUUUCCCACUGUGAUGAAGGGAGGAAGACGAGGAGAGUAGAGUGCACUCUGCUGAACAAUCAGUCAGUGGUGGAGGAGAGGUGGUGUGACGAGGAAGACAAGCCGACAGACAGCUCCAGUUGCUCCCUGGAUGGGUGUGGCUACGUGUGGGUGGAGGGAGAAUGGGGAAGGUGUGACGUUGGGUGUGGGGAGGGUGUGAGGGAGAGAGCAGUGGUCUGUGAGCAGCGACACAGCCGAGGGAGGAGCAGGGGGGUGGAGGAAGAGAGGUGUGGAGGAGAGAAACCCACCACGAGAGAAGUCUGCUCAGCUGAGCCUUGCUUCAAUUUUGAGUGGGUCAACGAAGACUGGACAGCGUGUGAUGCUGAGUGUGGUGAGGAUGGCUCACAGAUCCGAGUGGUUACGUGUCGACACAAGAACGGCACAGUUGUCUCUGAGUCUCCAUACUGCACCGCAGACAAGCAGAAGCCAGCCGAGAGCAGACGUUGCCGUGGUGAUCCUUUUGUCUGGUUGCUCGGAGACACUCAUGCAGAAGCUAGAAGAAUGGUUCUGCAGUUGCCUGACUGCUGUUCCUGGUCCUCAGUGCUGGUCACGACAGUCCUAGCAUGCCUGCUAGCUCUGCUUGGCCCGCGUCUGUGGGGGGCAGUCGCCCAGUACCUGGCGUUCCGGCGAGUCCCCACAGACCAAGACGGUCAACACUGGCUGCUCGGUCACACCCCCAAGAUACUGGGUGACAUGGGAGGUGCCCUGGACUGGUUCACAGGGCUGUCCGUAGAGCGUGGAUGGAAGUCAGCCAAGAUGGUGAUGGGUCCGAUGUGGUACAUGCUGGUCUGUCUCCACCCAGACACCUGCAAGAUCGUCCUCAGAGGAGAUCCAAAGUCAGAUAUGAUCUACAAUGCUCUCAGACCCUGGCUUGGGAGAGGUCUGCUGGUAGCAAAUGGAGCCAGGUGGGCCAGGUCACGAAGACUCCUCACUCCCGCAUUUCACUUUGACAUCCUACGACCUUACGCUCCUGUCUUUACCGACUGCUCAAGAACUCUAGUGGGGGAGUGGUCUAAGGUACCAGAGGGCGAGUCGUUCAAUGUGUUUCCCUCCAUCAGUCUCCUGACACUGGAUGUCAUGCUCCGCUGCACCUGCAGCUACGACAGCCACUGCCAGACCAACAAGACACACGACCCUUACAUCAAGUCUGUCUUUGACCUCUCCACCCUCACCACCAGAAGAAUUCUGUUUUUCCCUGCCUACUAUGACUGGGUGUAUGCCCUGAUGCCUGAUGGGUCCAGGUACAGAAGAGCCUGUAAGACAGUCCACGAGUUCUCUCGGGACGUCGUCCAGCAACGGCGCAAGGCUCUGGAGGACUUGAAGAUAAAUGGGACGGAAAAAGAGUCGACUAACAAACGCAAGUAUCUUGACUUUAUUGACAUUCUACUGGAAGCAAGGGUGAGCUCGAGUGGAGGAAUGAAGGGAUAA